CAAAUAUAAAACAAUUAUUUAUAACUAUUGCAAAAUCCUGAAGGAUAAGUUCCCCAAUUUUUCAUAGAAUUCAAAUGAUUUGAGAACAAUGUAUUGGGUUUUGUUUUGAUUAGAUAAGUAAUGUACUUCAAACUGUAAAAGUUCAGGUUUCUUCGAAUACUUCAGGCAUAACCUGCAGAAAAAUUACAUAAAAAUGUCUUGACGAGAACAUCAAUAAAUUUUCCAAAAUUCUUCAAAAUUCCCAGUGAAAAACAUCAUGUCGCUGCCUCCUUUUUUUACCCGCCACUUUCCAUCGUAUGUCAGAGAUCAUACAGUCAGAGAUGUCCAGGUUUACUGGUACCAUCCGCAGUUCACUCAGAGCCGAUAUCCACCUGGUCAACAAGUCAGCCAAGCUUGUACGUUGAUAUGUCUCCUAGUCGCUCAAAGAAUUUGCGAGUCACACCUGCAAAUCAUGAAUGUAGAGACCUCGCCUGAGCUGGCAGUGAUAAUAGCAGAAUCAAUUGUAGAAGGAAAUAGAAAUCAUGCAUGGAUUCUCCAACGCGGACUUGUCAGUCAUCCUUAUUUGAGCACAGACGAGGCUCUCAGAUUUGGCGGAAAACGUUUAAAAACUAUUGUAGAAUGGAAGUUUCAAGUAUUUACCGAGAACAUUGAGAUAAAUCUCUGUCAGAACAUUCGAAGAUUUUUGCGGGAUUGGUACCAGAAACCUCGAGGCGACACUCUUAUUAUGCUUUUAAUCACCUGUGGCCGAACAGUCUUAUUUCUAUUUCAGAGUCGAAUGAAUAAAAUAACACUUUUCGAUUCCCAUGGCCACAGCACGGCGAAGAAUCCGCACAGAGGAUUGGUAGUUGCUCAAGCAAAAUACGAAAAUUUGUAUGCUUUAUGUACCUGGUAUGUCCAAGAAGUUCUUUACAAUUGCUUCAACGUCUACGCAGAUCAGUACGAAUUAGCCUUUUUGUACUAUGCGAAUCCGGGAUGCUGUGGGAGUGGGGAACAUUUCUGUGAUUGUGGCUGCAACAAGUGCUGAAGGAAAAACAAUCUAGGAAGGCAGUAUAAAAAUGAACAAUCAAACUCAAAUCUUUGCUUCGUUAUUCCGUUUCAUGAAAAUCAGGAAAAAAAUUAAACUAUUUUAUAUUCAGAUAUACUGACAUUUAUUUACAUUAUUUACAGUUUCUCUAAAAAUUACUUUUAUGUUUUCAUGUUUUUCAAUGUUCCUAUGUUGUUUAGAAUUUGUCUAUUUUUUUUACAACAGAGUUUUUAGAUUUUCAAUGAGUCUUACAAUUUGUUAAUAUUUCAUAUCAUCAAAAAUAUAAAUUCCAUCGAAAAUAUUCUGUUG